AUGGAAACGAGACCACCACCACCACCACCAUCGGAGGAAAAGGAUGAACGCUCGCGUCGGCGCGGUCGUCGUCGUCGGAAAACAGAAAAGAAGCGACGACAGGGAGGAGGAGAGAAGAACAAAAAAAAACAGAACGAAAUUCCGAUUCUUUUGAGAGCGGUGUACGGUCGUCACGUGUACACGGUGCGAGAGGCGAUUCGAAAAGUGUGCGAACAGUUUCGCGGAGCGCCGAAAAGCGUGAUGAAAAAUUUGGAGGAUAAAGAGAGAGAUUCGAGAGCGUACGCGAGAGGCGUUUUGGACGAGUCGUUUAUAGCGCUACCGGAGAGGUUACCACCGCUGGUGAUGAAGAGUUCCGCGGAGGAAGAGGCCGAGGAGGAGGAGGAGGAGGAUUUGGGCGCGCGCGGAUAUCCGACGAUGAGUUCGCCUCCGGCUAUCGGGAGACCGACGGCGAAGGAACGCGUGGCGACGGUGCAGAUGAAGUUUUUCAGCGCUCGGCAGAAGCCGAAUAACGCGUUAUGUUUUGGAUUGACCAGGUUUGCCAAAGGAAGAGACGAGAGGAAUUGCGUGAAUAGCGCCGAGGCGUUUGCGACGAGCACGCAUUGGGGGACGUUGUGGGAUCGCGUAGGGGACGAGAUAGCGGAGUGGUUGAUGUUGUACGCGAGCGGGUUCGCGAGUUUGACGUCGACGUCGACAGUCACAACGACGGCGAACGCGGAGAAGAUCGUUCGACAGUUAUUUGAAACGAGUGGUGCGCCGACGGUGAUUGCAAAAGCGAAGAAGAAAAGUAAGAAGCGUUCGCGUGGUCGCCGAUUGAGUAGCGAGAAAGAGGAGAGAUUGGUUCAAAUUCUGGGAAAACCAAUCACAUCUGAGCAUGUGGUUUUUAAGGCGUCUAUGGAUCGCGCGAACUGUACGUAUAAGAAAAGCACGGCGAGCGCGCUGGCCUCUGGGGUGAGUCACCACGAGUCAAUGGCGAACUAUAGCAGCGUUUUCUCGCAAGGCGCGAAGAAGAUGAAGAAGAAACUCACUCCAAAACAGAUUAAGAAAGUAAAACGGAGGAAAGCAAAGCGCAAAGAGUACGCCGAUAUGAAGAAGAAGGCAAAAGAAGGCAAUGGAAAGGUAGAAAAUGGACAACCACAACAAUUGUCGUCGAAAGAAGACGUGACGAUGAAACAAACGACGGUGAACGCGAACUUUGUUGUCGUAGGUAACGAGGAAAACUCUGUGCCUGAAGCGACGCCGGAGGAGGACACUCAAACGACGAAGGAAGAUACGCCUAUUCUGAGCACGCAAGAGCUCGAGGACGAUGAUUGGUGCAUACCAGAAACGCCUUCGCAAUCUAACGGUGACGCAGACGACGACGACGACGACGACGACGACGACGCAGGUGUUCAAGGGACAGCAGAAGAUGAUAUGAAUGAUUCUCCAGUCAAAAAUAAGAAGCGAGGGAGAGAAACGAGGAAGCCUCGUCCGCCGAGCUGGGUUCGACGCAAACUGGCGAAAGAGCGCGCCGAGGCUGAGGCGAAAGCGAAGGAAACGGCUGACGAGGCGAAAAGAGAAGAAACGAACACCACGAGUUUUAUUGCCACCGAAAGUAUGGGAGAAGACGAGAAAUGGGCCAUGCUCGCUCGAUACGCGGAACAAUCGAAACAACGUAAACUCGAACGUCUCGCGAAGGAGAAACAAGAACAAAUCCAACAAGCCGAGUUGAAAGCAAAAGCCUCGCGCGUAAUUGGCAAACAGACGAAGAGAAAGAACGCUAAGAAGACAGUUGACGCGAACCACCCAAGAAAUAUAGUGUUAGAUCGAUCUCCGGCGUUAUAUUGCUCGACAUUUUCCAAACGACCUGGUUUUCCUGCGAAACAUAUUCUUCGAUGCAACGGGUCGAGCAUAAACGCUUCGCGUAAACUGUAUGCAGAUAUCUUUGGAGCGAAGAAGCGGAAAGUAAAAACACCACUGAUGCAUCAACAACGAAUCAACGAUCCGCGAAUGGUUAUGAGUCAAGCGCCGUCGAGCUACAUGUCCUCCGAGCAUCAAGAAAUCAUCCCGACGCAGCUCUCGCAGAAAAGCCCGCGAAUGACCAUACGCAUCUCCAAAUCGCACCGGAAAAAUGUUUUACCCCUCCUUCGACGCACGUUACGACGUGCAAAAAAGUGCAACUUUGCUAAACUAUUAGAUCUACACUGUCCGGUGAAACGUUCCGAUUGGAGAACGGCUGAUACCGAGCAAUUGGUCAAAUUGAACUCGUCUCACAAGGACGUUUCGAGCUUCAUCUGGGCUAUUCUCCGCGGGGUGCUUCCAAAACAGUUUCUCGGGUCAAAAACGACCACAAAGAGGCGUUUACGCGAGUUUGUCUCGAGAAUCGUAUCUUUGAGAAGAAUCGAGAGGUGCACUUUACACGAAGCUAUGAUUGGUGUGAAAACAUCGGACUACGCAUUCUUGGAUAAUGUGGAUUAUCGCCGCCGCGAGAAGAAGAAAAUACAAAAGAAGAAGACAGUUGCCGAGUUUGAAGCACGAAAGCGACGGGUGGAGAAGAUUAUACUUUGGAUUAUCAAAUCCAUCGUGUUCCCCGUCAUCCGUUCGCACUUUUUUGUCACCGAUACCGAUCACGAGCGACAGAAAAUGUACUAUUAUCGCAAAGGCGUCUGGUCGCGAAUUGUUCGCGCAAAGAAUAGAGAAUUCGUCACCAGCGGAAGAUACGAAAAGCUUUCUAAGAACGACACAGAAAACACGCUUUCGCACCAUUCUUUGGGCUUUUCUCGAAUUCGUUGGAAACCAAAGAAAACAGGUGUUCGCCCGAUUGCCAUGCUCGGACAACCGGCGAGUAUGCGUUUAACGAGUAAAAAGCGAGACGGGAGCGGCUUUAGGAAGAAGAUGAAAUUUGAAUUCGAGCCUGUGAACGAUCGUCUAUAUACGAUUUCAGACAUACUUGACCACGAAAUUCGAGCAGAUGAGACGUUAAUGGGGAACUUUGUGAGUGAUUACGACGAGACGAUGAAAAUAUACGCGCCUUUUGCCGAACGAUGGAGAAGGAAGCAGGGGCUCUUGAAUACCGACGAGGUGGAUGAGGUGGUAGACUCGGAGGACUCUCCGGAGGAUAUCAACAAAACGAAAGCGACUGUGAAAGACAAGAAAAAAUUGCCGAAGUUAUACUUCGUGUGUGCCGAUAUCAAAGCUGCUUUUGAUUCCAUUCCAACGGAAAAGCUCGAAACUGUCAUAUCGAGUUUGUUCAAGAAACAGGAAUACGCCAUGCUUAAAUACCGGACGCAGAGCGUGCUCGGAAACAGAUACGCCACACGAAAAGUUGCGUUUGCCACGGAAAAUGUUGAAGACACAGGUAUGGAUAUCGUACACAAGAAUUCAUCAGGAUCCGCGAUAACUUCAUCGCAAAACGAUGCAAAUACCGCGACGGCGGACGAGAAUAUAAAAAACUCGAAGAAGAAACUACCCGGUCCAAUCUUUUCACCAAACGAGAGCGACGUCGGUCGGCGCGCGCUCGUCAAAACGCUCCCACCCGGGUCCGUGUCUAUCGAUUUAGGUAAAACGCGCACUGCAUAUCGUCAUCAGGCGCUGAACACGCUUCGUGAACAUCUCGGAAACACGCUCGUUAAAUCACACGGUUCCUUAUUCCGUCAAAAGAUUGGCAUUCCACAAGGUUCGAUUCUUUCCACGAAACUAUGCGCUUUGUUUUACGCGCACAUGGAGCAAACGCAAUCGAUGGCCGCGUUCGAAACUGAGAUUUAUAAAGGCACGCCAAAGAAGAAAGUUUUGAACGAAGGGUACGGCGACGGUGUUUUUAUGCGCUGGACGGACGAUUUACUUUUUGUCACGGACAAUUUCUCUAGAGCGAAACACUUCUUGAACUCUUUGCUCGACGGUAUUGCCGAAUAUGGCGUGGAAAUCAAUCCGACAAAGACAAAGAUAAACUUUGAUCAUCUGGAACGCAAAUUAGAAAAGAAUGUGGAAUGCAAAGACGGUUGUGAGUUUAUUCCAUGGUGCGGUUUGCUUUUCGACACGCAAACGCUGGAAGUGCGCGCGGAUUACUCCAAGUAUCUCAACGUCUGGCUUCGCGAAACAAUAAAUCUUCCGAGUUCACAUUUGGCGUGGAAAUACCUCUCGAACAAAACGCGGUCUUAUUUGAACCACAAACUCUGCGCACUUUUAUACGACCCAAGAGUAAACAGUCGUGAGACUAUUGCGACAAACAUGUACCAAGCGUUACUCUUGUGUGCGGCAAAAACAACCUCUUACGUGCGUGCGGUAGAGGCAGUUCCCGGCGUGACGCCGUGCGGCCACGCGCUUUUGAAACGCGCCAUCGAAAGCGCCAUAAGUUAUGCGCGAACCGGUGCUCGAAAGCGGUUACUAGAUAGAUAUCUAGAUCCAAACUUAGUGCCAUCCGAAAAAGUUUCUCGCGCGUUAGGUUUACUCGCCUUUCAAAAGUACUUUUCUUGGUAUUCUCUAGUUGGCAGAAGGAGGAAGAAGAAGAACAAAACGAAACACGAGGAAACCGCCGCGUGGCUCCGCGCGCAACUUUCCCUCUCGCGUUCGAUGAGUGAAACCGUCGCGGAAGUCUCUAAAACAAUCACCCCAGCUUGUAAGAAUGAGUUCUUUGAAAGCAUCCGAGCUUGA